AAUAGAGAAGCUCUUCGUGGACUUUUUAAGUAGACAGUUCGUUUAGCAACAUAAUAUAAUUCGUGUACACUUCUUGUCAAAAUGAUUACCACUCUAAUUAAACUUGUUUUAUUUAUUUUAAUUUCUUUCCAUAUUGUAGCAGGACGUGCCGGCCAGUAUGUUACAUGUGGUUCGGCAAUUAAGCUACAGAAUUUGGCAUACAAGAUUCGGUUACAUUCUCACGAUGUAAAAUAUGGUUCUGGUAGUGGCCAACAGUCAGUUACAGGAACAGAUACCACAGAUGAUGUCAAUUCACAUUGGGCAAUUCUUGGCCCUUUGAAUAAGACAUGCAAGAGAGGUGAGCCAAUUGAAUGUGGAUCUACUAUUCGGUUUCAUCAUUUAACUACAAGGAAGUUUCUUCAUUCACACUUAUUUUCAUCACCUCUUUCUGGAAGUCAAGAAGUCUCUGCAUUUGGUGAAAAUGGUAAUAUUUGUUGCACAUCUUCCCUAGUAACUUUUUCAGCCUCGAUUUCAAAUGCAGGUGUUGGUGAUACUGGUGAUUAUUGGAAAGUGGUGUGUGACGGUGACUUUUGGGAACGUGAUGAUAAUGUUGUAUUUAGGCAUGUUGACACUAACGUCUACUUAGCAACCUCAGGACAUGCAUAUGGCCGACCCAUUAAUGGUCAACUAGAAAUUGUUGGUUUAACAAGAUUAGAUUCUUCAUGCCAAUGGAAAACAGCUGAAGGACUGUACAUCCACACCAGUACCUUCAAUCCCAAGCAAAAUAUUAAGCCAGAACACAAUGAACUGUAAAAAACUCGAUUUUGAUACAUAUCAAUCUCUUAACAAUACAAUUGAAUGGUGGUAAA